GGUUCGGGAUCUGGGCGCUAUGAAAAGUCUCUGCCCAGUCACUUCCGGUUUUUCUUCCCCCAAUCCCUCAGCUGCUGCUGCUGCACAGGAGGUCAGAUCUACCACUGAUGGUAAUACCAGCACCACUCCGCCCACCUCUGCCAAGAAGAGAAAGUUAAACAGCAGCAGCAGCAGCAACAGUAGUAACGAGAGAGAAGACUUUGAUUCCACCUCUUCCUCUUCUUCCACUCCUCCUUUCCAACCCAGGGAUUCAGCAUCCCCCUCAACCUCAUCCUUCUGCUUGGGGGUUUCAGUGGCUGCUUCUAGCCACGUACCAAUACAGAAGAAGCUGCGUUUUGAAGACACCCUGGAGUUUGUAGGGUUUGAUUCGAAGAUGGCUGAGGAAUCCUCCUCCUCCUCCUCCUCCUCUUCACCAACUGCUGCAACAUCUCAGCAGCAGCAACUUAAAAAUAAGAGUAUAUUAAUCUCUUCUGUGGCUUCGGUGCAUCAUGCAAACGGCCUAGCCAAAUCUUCUACUGCCGUCUCUAGCUUUGCUAACAGCAAGCCUGGCUCUGCUAAGAAGUUAGUGAUCAAGAACUUUAAAGAUAAACCUAAAUUACCAGAAAAUUACACAGAUGAAACAUGGCAGAAACUGAAAGAAGCAGUGGAAGCUAUCCAGAAUAGUACUUCGAUUAAGUACAAUUUAGAAGAACUCUACCAGGCUGUAGAAAAUCUCUGCUCUUACAAGAUUUCUGCAAACUUGUAUAAACAGCUGAGGCAGAUUUGUGAAGAUCACAUCAAAGCACAGAUUCAUCAAUUCAGAGAGGAUUCAUUGGAUAGUGUUCUUUUUCUAAAGAAGAUUGAUAGAUGCUGGCAAAACCAUUGUAGGCAAAUGAUAAUGAUCAGGAGCAUUUUUUUGUUUCUGGAUAGAACUUACGUUCUUCAGAAUUCAAUGCUACCCUCCAUUUGGGACAUGGGACUGGAGUUAUUUAGGGCUCAUAUUAUAAGUGAUCAAAAAGUCCAGAAUAAGACAAUUGAUGGCAUUCUUCUCUUGAUUGAGAGGGAGAGGAACGGUGAAGCAAUUGAUAGAAGUUUACUGCGAAGCCUUUUAAGCAUGCUCUCUGAUUUACAAAUUUAUCAGGAUUCUUUUGAACAACGAUUUUUGGAAGAAACUAACCGGCUCUAUGCAGCUGAAGGCCAAAAGUUAAUGCAAGAAAGAGAGGUUCCUGAGUAUCUUCAUCAUGUUAACAAACGUCUAGAAGAAGAAGCAGACAGACUUAUUACUUACUUAGAUCAGACCACCCAGAAGUCAUUAAUUGCUACUGUAGAAAAACAACUUCUAGGUGAACACUUAACAGCAAUUCUUCAGAAAGGUUUAAAUAACCUCCUUGAUGAAAAUCGAAUUCAAGAUUUAUCUCUUUUGUAUCAACUGUUCAGCAGAGUUCGAGGUGGAGUUCAGGUUCUCUUACAACAGUGGAUUGAAUACAUUAAGGCCUUUGGGAGCACUAUUGUUAUUAAUCCUGAAAAAGAUAAGACCAUGGUUCAAGAAUUGCUGGAUUUUAAAGAUAAGGUUGACCAUAUAAUUGAUAUUUGCUUUCUGAAGAAUGAAAAAUUUAUUAAUGCCAUGAAAGAAGCAUUUGAAACAUUCAUUAACAAAAGACCAAAUAAACCUGCUGAACUUAUAGCUAAGUAUGUUGAUUCAAAACUUCGUGCAGGCAACAAAGAAGCUACAGAUGAAGAACUUGAGAAAAUGUUGGAUAAAAUUAUGAUCAUAUUUAGGUUUAUUUAUGGCAAAGAUGUUUUUGAGGCCUUCUAUAAGAAAGAUUUAGCCAAGCGCCUGCUAGUUGGGAAGAGUGCAUCCGUAGAUGCUGAAAAAUCAAUGCUAUCCAAACUUAAACAUGAAUGUGGAGCUGCUUUUACCAGCAAACUUGAAGGAAUGUUUAAAGACAUGGAGCUUUCUAAAGACAUCAUGAUUCAGUUCAAACAGGUAAAAUAUAUGCAGAAUCAGAAUGUACCUGGGAAUAUUGAAUUAACUGUGAAUAUCUUGACAAUGGGUUACUGGCCAACGUACGUGCCUAUGGAAGUCCAUUUGCCACCAGAGAUGGUAAAACUUCAGGAAAUUUUCAAGACCUUUUACCUAGGCAAACAUAGUGGCAGGAAACUUCAGUGGCAGUCAACCCUAGGACACUGUGUGCUAAAAGCAGAAUUUAAAGAGGGCAAAAAAGAACUCCAGGUUUCUCUUUUUCAAACACUGGUGCUGCUAAUGUUUAAUGAGGGAGAGGAGUUCAGUUUAGAAGAAAUCAAGCAGGCUACUGGAAUAGAGGAUGGAGAAUUAAGGAGAACAUUGCAGUCAUUAGCCUGUGGCAAAGCUAGAGUUCUGGCAAAAAAUCCAAAGGGCAAAGAUAUUGAAGAUGGUGACAAGUUCAUUUGUAAUGAUGAUUUCAAACACAAACUUUUCAGGAUAAAGAUCAAUCAAAUCCAGAUGAAAGAAACGGUUGAAGAACAAGCAAGCACUACAGAAAGAGUAUUUCAAGAUAGACAGUAUCAAAUUGAUGCUGCAAUUGUUCGAAUUAUGAAGAUGAGAAAGACACUUAGUCACAAUCUCCUUGUUUCAGAAGUAUACAACCAAUUAAAAUUUCCAGUAAAGCCUGCUGAUCUUAAGAAGAGAAUAGAAUCCUUAAUUGACCGGGACUACAUGGAAAGAGAUAAAGAAAAUCCAAACCAGUACAACUAUAUUGCAUAGAAUGUUGGCCUUGGAGCGUUUGUUGUUAUAUGCAGUAGCCAGUGGAUAAACUAAUUUGUUGAUCCUAUAUUAUUUGACUUCUUUUAUACUACCGAUGACCAAAUGAAGCAGUGUAAUGGAAAUAGUUGAGUGGACUUUUUCUCAGUGGUUAACAUGCCCAUUUUAAAGAGUAAUACUUACCUUUAAGAAGAAUGUUGAACUCUUUGCAUGUUAUUUAGUAUGAUGUGCAGAAAACACUUAAGAAAAGUACCCGGUCUUUAUGAUUCCUCUUUGGAACUGGGGAAGAGAUCCCUAUGGUUAUUAAAAAAAGGGGGGGGGUUCUUAUACACCAUGAAUUACGAAGCAAAAAGUUUAUUUGCUUAAAAUGUCAUUUAAAGAUACUUAAACUGCAUGCAAACUUUAUUUACUGUACAGAGUUCUGGAUGUAUUUAUCAAAUAGAAAAACCACCUGGACUUGGUUGUUCACUUGUUUUGUGAUUUCCCUUGAAAAGAAAAAUAAGUUGUCAUAGCUAUUGAUAUUUUGCUAGAUCUAUUCUGUUACAUUGAAAGGGAUGUUUUGAAAAAACUUAUUUGGAAACAAGUUUUCAAGUAGGGUGACAGUUACUUCCAUAAUAUCUUGUAUAUUCACAUCCUAAAAAUUUUCCAUUUAUGAAUAUGGGAUGUGUGUAUAUGGCUUAGCUCCAAGUUUACUGUGCUGAUUAACAAGUACUUAUGAAAAUAACUAAAAUAGAAAAAUUGCUGAUAAUCUUGUACUAGAGCAACAUCAUAGAGAAAACCCAACUCUUUAUUCAUAGUAAAAAUGAAUUCUAUAUGAAAAUGGCAAAAGAGACCAAAAUCAACAUGAUUUGUAAAUUGCUACAGGAACAAAAUCAAUCAACUAGUUUUCUGUCUUUUAACUUGGACCAAUUGUAGAUUGUUACAGGCUUCCUAGGAUUUAGCAUUCCAGUUUUCUCUACUAAAGUCUUUUUCUGGAAGAAUCCAAUUCUUCUCUUGGUUGAUAAACAAAGUCUUUACUAUCAUCCUUAUUAUAAACUUCCCAAACCCUAGGUAUAAAGGUCUUUCCUCAUUUUCCCUAUACAUCCCCUAUUUGGGAAUUUGAAGUUGUGUAUUCCUUUUAAAAUUGCUUGAAGUUAAGAGUUCUUACAGCCACUGGACACCUGCUUUUCAGGGAAAUGUCCCAAAAUUGUUCUUACUUAGAAAAUAACAAAAGUGUUCUUUAAAUUAAUAAUGUGAACAAAAGGUUUCUCUUUAUCAUCAGUGGGUUUUUGUUUUCCUUCCUUUUUUUUCCUCAAAAGGAAUUGAUCAUGGAAGAGAGUCAGAAAUUUUGCUGUUGUUUCUUUUUAAAUCAAAACUACUUUGAUGCUUUUUACAACAGCAUAUUUCCUUGCCUAUUUGGAGCCAUUAGUUUUAAGAAUGCCUAGGUCCUAACCUUCAAUUUGGGACUUGGGACACUUGUGUCUACUAUUGAUUGUUUUCUUGAGUUCUCAAAGACCUGUGGCCAGCUCUGUGUGUGUGUGUGUGUGUGUGUGUGUGUGUGUGUGUGUGUGUGUAUACACACACACAUAUAUAUGUAUGUGUGUGUAUAUAUAUUUAUAUAUAUGCACAUAUGUAUAUAUACAUUAUAUAUAUUUUAAAAGUUGCCUGUUUCUGUCUAAUUGCAUCGACUUGCACACUUGUCUAACUAUAUAUAAUAUUUAGAAUUCUUUCCUAAGUUUUUUUCCUAAUUCUUUUUGAGGAGCCAUUGCCUGUAUUUUCUCAGCUCCUGCCUGGUUUACUUGCAGGAGUUCAUCUGAUAAGGAAAUGUGGCUAUUUUGUUUACCCUCUCUCCACACUGGACCAUCUACAACAGUGUUCUAACUUAUCCCUGAUGGUCUGUGAGAUGUAUAGACUAUUACAACAGAAUCAGUUAUUACUCUCGAGCAAAUUUUAGGUAGACUUGGUUCUAUUAGGAGACCCUUGAUGCCACCUUCAUUAUCUUGAAAGUGGGUCCCUUUCCUGAAGUUCUUAAUUUUAUGAAAACUUCAUGCUGCUUCAGCUGAAAAAUUAGCAAGACUAUUAAAAAACAGCUAAGGGGAGCUGUUUAAAAAAAUUGAAAAUGAAUUGCAAACUACAUUGGAUAAUUGUGACUUUCAGUUCUGUAUCAGUUUAAUUUUUGUGCUCUUUUCCUUGUGUUACGUGGUGGUUCUAUUUUUCUCCAAUAAAACUUUUAUUUAAAAAAGUUUCUGGGGAAGAUCUUUAAAAUUCAGACAUUGUGAGAAAGUUACAAAACCACAGAACUUAAAAUCUUCUUAAUAAUUUCCUUUAAUGAAUUCACACUUGGCAAUUUUGUUAUUUUUAAAUUUUGUUUUUGUGGUAGUUUUGUGAUAAUGCUGUUGGAGCAUGGGGAGGGUGUGGUAAAAAGAGUAAAAUUCCCAAGAAUCCUCAAGGUAGGUAAUUAUUCUUAAAUGUUGUUUUAGAAGAAUCAAGUGUAAGUAUAAGCAUGUAUUUAUUCAAAUCCUCAAAGACAAAUAGUUUCAUAAAGUCUGUAUGGAACUAGUCUAGGUUUAAGUUGAGAGGAGAAUAAAAGAUAAUGCUUAUUUUAGUUAUGGCACUCAAUUUGCCUUUUCUGUUAAACAGUUUGUGUUCUGGACAAAAUACUGUCACAGAUGUUUCUUAAAGUUUUUCUAACUCAGUUCCUGAAUCUGUCUGCCGAGUGGUGUUAACAUGAUGUCUUGAAAUUCAUACAAAAAUUUGUGUAUAGUUCUGGAAGUCAGUUUAUUCUAUUUAGGCAUCCAUUUUUUAAAGCGUGAGAAGUAUGUUUUUGUGUCUUAGUAGCCAUAAAUUUUUUCUAAUUAGAUGUUUUUUGUUUUAGUAACUACUUCUGUGAAUGGCAGGAGUGUGAAAUUUCCAAAACAAAUUGUUCAUUAAAAAGAAAAGAGCAAGGCUAAUGGGAGUUAACAUAAUUAUACCGUAUAAAAUGGUGUUCCUUCGGUAAUGCUCCAUUAAGGAAUAUUUUCAGUUGCCUAUUAAAAACUUGCUUUACAUUUGAAUAGUGA